UCAAAACGCUCACUGCGACGUCUCUACGGUGACUAAUCACAAGAGUGGGCGUGGCUUAUGUCGGCGGUGCCCCGUAGUUGCCAGUUUGUCGGCAGAGGAAUUGAUGUGCACGGCAGUGUAAGGUUUAACACCCAAAGUUUAAAACAACACUCAAAUGGCCCCUCAACCCUCGCACUCUCACUAACCCUAACGUGAGUGAAGUCAAAUUUGCCUUAGCGUUAAACACUCACUCAACCACCGGCUCCCUUACUUUCACAGUUGGCAGCCCUUGAAAGGUAGUGUGGUCGCUCUGUUUAUGUAUGCGCAUAGAGUGGCAUUUCUGAAAGUUUGGUUGUGUUCGGAUACGUCGACUUGUUCAUUUAUUAUUGUUUAUUACGGAGAAUUUUCAGCUAAUUUUUCAUCAAAACAUAUGUACUAGCAUAAAAUAUGUGAUAUAGUAUUAUGUACACAUAAAAUAGUAGGUUGUUUGAAUAUUAUACGAACAUGUUACAUAGCCAAAUCACAGUGACAAAUCGAACACCUUCCAACCCGCUGCAGACGAAUGAACUUUAUGUUCUCUUGCAAAAAUGCAGCGAAGUGAACGCAUGCAGCACAUGGGAGAAGAGGAGAGGAUACUUCUAUUAGACUUAAUCAAUGAAAGAAGAGCUGUUCUCCUCAGCAAAGCCACCGAUGCCCACAUUAUACUGGUCAAGGCAAGAGUAUGGGAGGAGAUCACGAACUCUCUUGCUGCCAGUGAUCUGGGGCCGCAGAGGACUGUAAAACAGAUUAAGAAGAUUUGGGAAAACAUGAGAUCAAGGGCCAAGAAGUUUGUUAGUGACCAGAAGAAAAAACUGUGUCGAACAGGAGGUGGUCCUCCAAGUCCAGUCAUCAAGCCAGACCCUGUAUUGGAGAAAAUCCUUGCUCUCAUCGCAGACGAGCUAGAACCUGACCCAAACCACAAUGACAGUGACAGAUGGCCAACAGAUUCAGCACACACUCCUUGGUCAGUCUGAAUCGUUGGAGGAAUUCUUCCUCUGCAAGGUCUUCAAAUGGAUUGCUGCGAUCCCGAAUGACUUCUUCUUAGCCUCACUCUUCUCAGCCUCACUCUAACCAUCUCCUGCAUCCUCCGAAUAUUUCGCAACUGAAGCCACUGAUGACCAUUCUCCAUGUUAAAUCCAUAAUGAAUAAAGACAGACAAUAAGAAACCACAUAACAUAACAUUAGACAGGUUGAAAAAUUCUUGGAGAAUAUGGAGGGCGAUAUGCUGAUUUCACUUGGUAAUAAAGCUAUUUCACGUUCGCUUAAGUUACAUUAGGUUAAGUUGUUAUAUAAAUAUGGUUCCAAGGCAUUGACUAUUUUUUAUCUGGGUGGAAUAUGAUGCUUUUUAUUUAUUUAUUUUUUUUUUUUUGAGAUAUUGAAUUGUGGUCACAUGUGUUUGCUUUAUAUAUGUUACAGUCAAUACCUGAAUCCAGACAAUUUGUAA